UAAAUCAAAAUCAGUUAAUUCUAAUUGAUGCUUAAUCACAAUAUAUAUUUUCCAUAAACAGACCCUUGACUUUCAAGUUUCCCUCCAAAACCCUUCGGCAGUUUUUUUUUUCCUUUAAAAGAACUUUUUCUAGUUACAAUGUAAAUACCAACAUUGUUCAUUCUUCUCCUCUCCUCCAUUCAACUCCAUUUUAGCCCUUCUUUUCCCUUUCUCUUUUCUUCAUUAUUAUUAUUAUCUUUUUGCAUGCUUGUUGACAUUCUUGAUGAUGCCAUUCCUUCAUUGCUGUUACUGUCUAUUCAUUGCUCUCUUCCUGAGUUUUCAACAAGGAUCAGCAGAGGGAAGAUGCAAAAAAUUGUUAGUUGAUCAGUCAGGGCAUGGCAACUUUUCCACCAUUCAAUCAGCUAUAAACCACGUUCCACCCAAUAACAGAAACUGGUUUUGUAUCCAUAUCAAAGCCGGCACAUACAGGGAGAAGGUGAAGAUUCCCUAUGAUAAGCCAUUUAUAAUUCUUAAAGGAGCUGGAAAGAGAUCAACGUCGGUUAUUUGGGAUGAUCAUCAAUCACUUCUACAAAGCCCUACUUUCUCAUCUUUAGCUGAUAAUAUUGUUGUCGAAUCCAUGAGCUUCGUGAAUUCAUACAACAGUCCGAAUAGCAAAAAUCCUCGGGUACCGGCGGUUGCUGCAAUGGUUUCCGGUGACAAGUCUUUCUUCUAUAAAUGUGGCUUCUUGAGUUUGCAAGAUACUUUGUGGGAUGAUCAAGGCCGGCAUUACUUCAAGCGUUGCACCAUUGAAGGUGCUGUUGAUUUCAUCUUUGGUAGUGGCCAAUCUAUCUAUGAGGAUUCUGCUAUACAUUUUCUCGGAGGAGAGUUAGAGCCAGGUCUGCCAGGUUUUAUCACAGCACAAGGAAGAACAAACCCAAAUGAUGCAAACGGUUUUGUUUUCAAGAACUGCAAUGUUUAUGGCAGUGGUACAACUUUCCUGGGGAGGCCGUGGAGAGGUUUUUCCAGGGUGUUAUUCUAUAACUGCAAAUUUUCAGACAUUAUACAGCCUGGUGGUUGGGAAGCCUGGUCUUUUACCGGCCAUGAGAACCAAUUAACUUUUGCGGAGUAUGGUAACCAUGGACCUGGAUCUGACACUUCCAAGCGGGUGAGCUGGGAAAAGACGUUGAGCGUUGAAGCUGUGGAGCAGUUGACAAGCAUGACAUUCAUCGACUCUGAAGGGUGGCUUCAGAGUCAGCCUGUUUAGAUAUGAUAGGUUCACCUGCUGGUCUGAAAUUUCAAAUUCUAGUUUUCUUCUCAUGACAACUGUUGUUUUCCUUUGUCAUAUGAAGCUCUAUAGACACUAUAGUUUCUUCAAAAUUUUCACUUUUAAUAUAGCCAAAAGCUGGAUUCUUUUAUCUUCAAUUGAAUUGUCAUAAUAUUAGGAGGGCACAUAAUC